AAAUCUGGCUUCUGUAUGCUCCUCUAUCCAACACACAUGCCUUCCUCUCUUUGCUCUCUCUCUGCUGUUUCAAAAAGAAAACACUCCUUUUCUACUCUCUCUCUCUCACGCAUAUUUUCUGUUCUUGGACAUUAGAGAAAAGUAGAGUCACAAACCCUAAAACCCUGCAACCAACGACUAAUUCUCCCAGUACGGAGUCAAAAUUCAGUCUUUUGCAUCAAAUCCUAACUCCCACUCUCAAUGUACAUAAAUUCCCUUCGGGCUUAGAUUUUAGAGGGUAGCAGCAUAAGCAGAGCAAUCCAAUCACCUCAAACCAAAUCACAUUCUCUUCCGGUACCAAUCCAGAGCUAGAAAACUUCUUCCUUUUGUGAUUCGAGACUCCCCUUCACCUCUAACCCCAAAACCAGGAAAAACUUGUCACCUGAACCUUUUUUCAUAAACCUUACGAUUUUUUUCUCUUUAAAAAAGAAGACUUUGCUGUUGCCCAUUUCAUCAUUUCCGCUCUACAAUCCUCUUCUCUGGGUGAAAAUUUUGAAAAGCAGAGCAAACACCUAAAACCCCAAGAUGCCAAGCUCAAAACCCGUAACCUUUAUCUUGAUUUUCAUCAAUGCAGUAGCUUUAGUGACCUCCAAAUCCACCAUUGAGCCUUGCACCAACUCAGAUUCCUGCAAUGCUCUUCUUGCCUACACGCUAUACACAGACCUCAAAGUCUCAGAAGUGGCCUCCCUCUUCCAAAUUGACCCAAUAGCUCUCCUCACAACCAAUGCCAUCGACAUCGCUUACCCAGAUGUCGAAAACCACAUCCUCCCUUCACAACUCUUCCUCAAAAUCCCCAUCACGUGCUCAUGUGUUGAUGGAAUCCGCAAAUCCGUCUCGACUCACUACAAAACAAGGCCUUCAGAUACAUUAUCUUCCAUUGCAGACUCAAUCUAUGCAGGCUUGGUUUCUGCGGACCAGAUAAAGGAGGCGAAUUCCAUUGACGAUCCUUCAGUGCUUGAUGUUGGGCAGAGCCUUGUUGUUCCUUUGCCUUGUACUUGUUUUAAUGGGACGGACAAUUCGUUGCCUGCUAUUUAUUUGUCUUAUGUUGUCAAGGAGGUGGAUACGCUGGCUGCCAUUGCCGCCCGUUACGAAACUACACUUACUGAUUUGAUGAAUGUUAAUGCUAUGGGGAGUGCUGCAAUUAAGGCUGGUGAUAUUCUUGCUGUGCCAUUGCCAGCUUGUGCUUCCAAGUUUCCAAGAUAUGCUUCUGAUUUUGGUUUGAUUGUGCCAAAUGGGAGUUACGCUAUCUCUGCAAGUCACUGUGUCCAAUGCAGUUGUGGACCUGGAAACCUCAAUUUGUACUGCAUGCCUGCUUCAUUGGCAGUUUCUUGUUCGAGCAUGCAAUGUAGGAAUAGCAAUCUCAUGCUUGGGAAUGUUACGGUGCAGCAGAGUAGUGCUGGGUGUAAUGUAACUUCUUGCAGCUAUGGUGGAUAUGUCAAUGGCACUAUUAUGACCACGCUGUCAACAUAUCUCCAACCUCGAUGUCCAGGGCCACAACAAUUUCCUCCUCUGGUAGUACCACCCACCACGGUGAUCAAGGAUUCAACUUUUGCUCCAGCACCUGCACCUCAGUCAGAUGGUUCUAGUACACCAACACCCACACCCAAGACCGAAGUUGUGCCAGCAACUGGAUCGCUUCCUGGAUUACCUCCAGCAAGUGGCCCAGUUGGAAGUAUUUCUUCUUCUUUCUCAGUCAAUCCAUCAGCCACUCUUAUGAUCGCAGCUGUGCUACUUUUGUUUGCCAUGAACUGCCUGUCUUGAUGGCUUCGGUCGGUGUGGUUUGCCUGUCUAGGAUCGCAAUUCUAUGUUGUAUGUAACCUUGUUAAUUUUUAUUUCUACCACAUGAACUGCUUUAUGGAUGCGGGAAAACGUGAACUGUCUCUGUGCCUGGCUGGUAUUUUUCUUCUACUCAUUCGCUGUAUUAUGUACUGCAAGUCGAGGCAUGGGCAGUUCUUUUGCGACUCAUUCUUUGCUUAAAGUAUCCAGAGCUCUAUGGUAUUUCCCUCGUUAUGCACUUUA